CCGGCCCGCAGAGCUCUGAGUCCUCUAGCACCUCGUGUGUGUCAUUUGGGCUUCCAGGCUGCCUCAGCAGACUUUCUCUUCUCGUCACAGGGCGCAGCCAUUUCCGGCAGUGACGAUGGCGGCUGUGCUACUAUUCGCUCUGCUGUGGGCGAUGGCGGCGAGGGCCGCGGGGGCAGGGGAAUGUAACCAGCCGCCAAGGUUAGAAAAUGGCUUACUAGAACAGAGGUAUCGUCAGCAGGAUACAUUUGCGAGUGGAUCCAAGGUCUUUUACGUAUGUAACCCUGGUUACACUUUUCGUCAAUUCACUCCCAGAUAUAUUACUUGUAAUGAAGGUGUUUGGGAACCAUUACAAACCACCUGUACACCAAAGAGCUGUGGAAGUCCAGGGGAAAUUAUGAAUGGGUAUUACGAGGGUGAUAAUACUUUUGGAAGUAAGAUUACGUUUUAUUGUAAUGAAGGAUAUACUCUGGUGGGUAGAGAUUACCGGUUGUGUGAAGCUGCUGGAUGGGGUGGCCAGGUACCUACAUGUGAAGUUAUUAAAUGUCCUGACAUUCCGGCCAUUGAGAAUGGAAGACUAUUAAGCCCUUCUGCAGCGUCAUGGGAAUACGGAAUGGUGGCCACAGUUUCAUGCCUUGGCGACUACUCAUUGAUCGGUGAACGUAAGCUUACCUGUAAAAGUGAUGGAAGGUGGAAUCAUCCCUUUCCAAAGUGCAAAGAUGUUAAAUGUCCACUUCCGGAUUUUCCUGACAAUGUUAUCGUGGCAUCGCCAUACAAAUCUACUUAUAAAUAUCAGGAUCAAGUCAUUUUCCGGUGUAAAGAAGGUUAUGAGAUGGAAGGCGAUGGUCUCAUUGUAUGUGGAGAGGACAGCAAUUUUUCACCCCCACCACCCAGCUGCACACCACGGAAAUGUAACAGGCCACCAGGAUUGGAAAAUGGCUCACCAGCAGAUAAGUAUCUCAAGCAGGAAAAGUUUCCAAGUGGAUCCAAGGUCUUUUACGUAUGUAACCCCGGUUACACUUCUACUCAAUUCACUCCCAACUAUAUUACUUGUAAUGAAGGUGUUUGGGAACCAUUACAAACCACCUGUACACCAAAGAGUUGUGGAAGUCCAGGGGAAAUUACGAAUGGGUAUUACGAGGGUGACAAUACUUUUGGAAGUAAGAUUACAUUUUAUUGUAAUGAAGGAUAUACUCUGGUGGGUAGAGGUUACCGGUUGUGUGAAGUUGAUGGAUGGGGUGGCCAGGUACCUACAUGUGAAGCUGUUAAAUGUCCUGACAUUCUGACCAUUGAGAAUGGAAGAAUAUCAAGCCCUUCUGCAGAGCCAUGGGAAUAUGGAAUGGUGGCCACAGUUUCAUGCCUUGGUGACUACUCAUUGAUCGGUGAACGUAAGCUUACCUGUAAAAGUGAUGGAAGGUGGAAUCAUCCCUUUCCAAAGUGCAAAGAUGUUAAAUGUCCGCUUCCGGAUUUUCCUGGCAAUGUUAUUGUGGCAUCGCAAUACAAAUCUACUUAUAAAUAUCAGGAUCAAGUCAUUUUCCGGUGUAAAGAAGGUUAUGAGAUGGAAGGCGAUGGUCUCAGUGUAUGUGGAGAGGACAGCAAUUUUUCACCCCCACCACCCAGCUGCACACCACGAAAAUGUAACAGGCCACCAGGAUUGGAAAAUGGCUUACUAGAAGAUAAGUACCGUCAGCAGGAAACGUUUGCAAGUGGAUCCAAGGUCUUUUACGUAUGUAACCCUGGUUACACUUUCCUUCAAUUCACUCCCAAAUAUAUUACUUGUAAUGAAGGUGUUUGGGAACCAUUACGAGCCACCUGUACACCAAUGAGCUGUGGAAGUCCAGGGGAAAUUAUGAAUGGGUGUUACAAGGGUGACAAUACUUUUGGAAGUAAGAUUACAUUUUAUUGUAAUGAUGGAUAUACUCUGGUGGGUCGAAAUUACCGGUUUUGUGAAGCUGAUGGAUGGGGUGGCCAGGUACCUACAUGUGAAGCUGUUAAAUGUCCUGACAUUCUGACCAUUGAGAAUGGAAGAAUAUCAAGCCCUUCUGCAGAGCCAUGGGAAUACGGAAUGGUGGCCACAGUUUCAUGCCUUGGUGACUACUCAUUGAUCGGUGAACGUAAGCUUACCUGUAAAAGUGAUGGAAGGUGGAAUCAUCCCUUUCCAAAGUGCAAAGAUGUUAAAUGUCCACUUCCGGAUUUUCCUGACAAUGUUAUCGUGGCAUCGCCAUACAAAUCUACUUAUAAAUAUCAGGAUCAAGUCAUUUUCCGGUGUAAAGAAGGUUAUGAGAUGGAAGGCGAUGGUCUCAUUGUAUGUGGAGAGGACAGCAAUUUUUCAUCCUCACCACCCACCUGCACACCACCUUCAAAAAGCUCUUUUCCAUAUUCAGCAUUUGCGUUACUUGCUCUAGUUGUUGUUAUACUCAUCGUGAUAGGAUAUAUAUACAAGAGAUAUUGCAACCAUGGAAGCCUGACAAAAAACGAGAAAAGAGACCCUGAGAAAGGAGAGGCGCUUUCCAAUCAGAUGGAGCUCCUUGCAGCUGACGAAACGACAAGAUCAGUACUAUGAAGUUAUCAUUUUGAAUUUGAUUAAUCAUGGCAGAGGUGUGGAACUGCAGCUUCUGCUGUGUUGAACAAGUGUAUCCCAUAUAGACAUUCGAUUAUGCAAAUCCUGCUGAAUCCUCUGCAUUCCCUUAAUGGUGUUUUAAAAAAAAAGGAUGAGAAUAUUCAGUCAAAACUGUGUGCCAGCUGAACGAAGUUGCAAAGUAGCAGACCAAAUGGAAAUGUUCCCAUUCUUGCAAAGGAAUGUUUAUGAAACUUUAGAUCAGUUGUAAAGAAAUUACAUAGAUAAUCUUUUUAUUUUGUAAUUAUAUUUCCUUGAAAACAUUUCCCAUUUGGAAGGUAGAGGGUAGCUGAUUCCAGUAUCUACUGGAGGAUCCAAGUUGUAUAAUUGUUUCAUGGUAGUUCUAAAUUCAUAAUUGAUAUAGAUUUGUCCAGAUGAAGAUAAUUAUUGGGUCUGUUAAUUGUGUUUGAGUGCUAUUUAAUAUUUAAAUCUGAUUUUUCAAUUUGUGGGUGCUUUUGAAGUCACAAAACCAGUGCCAGAGUAUUCUUGUUCAGAUGAUCUCAGUUUUUUCCAACAACCUGUUUUAAACAUCUGGGCAGGUGAUAGUGACAUUGGUAAUAAACCACUUUACUGAGGUUAAUUACAUUUUGUUCGAAACCAUUCCACCAUCAAAGGUGCAAAAAAAAACAAAUGCUUCAAAAAAAGUCACCUUGUGUUUUUAUAACUUAAUUAGAACUUCUGAUUAAUUUCACUGAAGUCCUGCACAGCAGGACUGUAACUUGCUCUUUGCCAAUUUAGCACAAAAGGCAGAUUUCUUUCUCUUUCCUGUGUGCUGCUUCCAAGAUGCUCCUGGCAAAGCAUUGUUAGUCUAUAUGCCACUACUAAUGCUGGAGUAGAAUUGCCCCUGCAAAGGCAUGCAGUUCUGAACAAUGCGAACAAGUAGGUGGUUGCUUGAGUGGUGCAACUGAACCGCUGUCCUUCGUAGAAGAGGCCGGAAUUUUCCCAUGCCACCCGAUGUGAGACCACCAUUCUUACUUAAACCCUUCACCCCUACUGGGACACAGGCCUCUGACAGCUGCUCACCAGGGUCCUCUGUUCUGUGCACAUCUUUCCAAUUGUCCCCAGGUGUGGCCCAUCUUCUAGGGGAAGAUCCUCGCUCUCCCAGGGAUGAGGCCUUUGUAGCUUCUGGUGGUGUUUCUGUGGCUCUGGGUUUGAAUGGGAAGCGGUUGCUAGCCGGGGUUGGGACUGUCCGUGGAGGAGUUGAUAUCACUGUUCGCUCACUAUUAUUAUUAAUUGGCACUUGUAUCUUUGCUGAUUAGAUGUUUAUGUUCUGAUUUUGAAUGAGAUGUAGAAAUUUGAAAUUGGUGCAGGUACCUGUGGGACUUUUCUGUGGUACAGGAGCUUCACAGAGCCACGAGGCAGCACCUUAACGAUGUUGAAAUGAAGAGCACUUAUCAGAAAUAACUUUAGAGACGUACUAUUUGCUCUUUAUGCAGACUGGCUUUUUUUUAGGAAAAUUGUAAAGGUGCUCGAAAUUCUUGCCAAUUGACUACGCAGUAAGGCAGUAUAAAUUAAUUUGUGUUGUAUAUGUAAUAAUAUCUUUUAUAAGCUGCAGGUGUAGAAUGUAGCACUCCCUGAUAACAUGUCUUUAUAUCAUUCUGUCUGUUUCAAUUGGUUUUAUUGAUUGCUAACACUGGGUGCAGGUUAACUUCUGGAUUUGUACAAGCCGAGGAUUGAGGAAAAUUAAAGAUGGAGAGUUGUGAGGAAGCUGGAACAGAGUGGGAGUUUAGAGGCAUAAAGUUUGAGACAGAGCUAAAGAUCCAGUAAGGGAACACCUGCCGGGAGGAGGGUUGAGGCCAGACUAGACAUUACACUAGGCUGGAGGGAAAAUUUCAGAUGAAAUCAGAGCUUGGGUGACAAAUCCUGUCAGUUUUAAUUGGUGAACGGAUGGGAGUCGCACAGAUAACAAGAGCAUUUAAAGUUUUGUCCAUAGUGGAUUAAAGAUCUAGUUUAUUGUGCAAAUAUUGCACAUUGUGGCCUUACUUAUUUAGAAGUUCCAAGAUGCAAUAGAAUUGCUCUUGGCUUGUGAUUUAAUUUUUCACUUUAUAAUUGUAAACCAAAUGAAGUGCAACAGGAUUCUUGCACGUAAGUUAUAUUGGAAACUUAUACUUAAAAUUUGGUGUUUUUAUUACAUGCCUGAUAUUAUUUAUUAGUAAAAUUAUGGUUGAAGCUGCCAUAUACUUUUGAAUGUACUCAACACGUCUGUUCACUAAGUUCACGGUCCCAGUGCGAAAGAUACAGUAGCAUCUUGUAUCCGCUGUUAGAAUAUUUUUGUUUUUGAUGGGCAGGGCUCAUCCUGUUGCUCUUCACUUUAGAACAUGGUGCCUACUUGUUUAUUUUGCAGUGCUUUUCAAGGUCAUGUAUACUAUAAAACAGACCUAUUGUCGAAGACUUAGUAAGUUCUGAAUCUCAAAGUACCACCCAGUUGUCAGCUUAACUUUCAAAGUACAGUGAAAAUUGAUUAACUUAUUUUUGUCUAAAGGAACCUGUUCAGCUUUGGAUCUAAUGUCCAAACGUUAAAUAGAGUUUCAAAGUGCUGCUAUCUCAACUGCUCAUGUUAAUAAAAUCAUUGCACUUUUUAAUUUCUCUCUCCUCCAUCUUUUAUGCUGCCCAAUGGUUACCUUUGUUGCAGGCUGCUCAUUUGAACAAUAAACCAGUCAUCACUGUUCUAAUUGGGAUUUCGCCCUGGUGGCCAGAUCCUAGAAACCUGAGGUGGCCUUCCCUGUUGAAAGUGUGAUGGUGUCCAGCUAUAAUUCAGGGGAUCACAAUGCCAGUUCAUUGGCUGUAA